UUGCAUGUCCUACUUCGCUAACCUCAUUCAUUCAUUGUGAACGAGUAUAUAAAGGUGAGGAUAUCAUCCGAUGCACGCAUUUCAGCACGUGAUUACAGACUCGCAUUUUUCCCUUUCUUCUUUCAAAAUUCAAAUAUUUGUUUUCACAGUUUCAUAAAAUGAGGUAGAAUUUGAGAUAAUCAAACAAAUUGUUCACCAAUUUCAUUUUAAUACAAUCAAACAAACAAAUCACCAGUUCAAACUUCUUCCAACACGCCAUUAAAUCGAUGGGUCGAUCAAAAUUCAGUUUCCUUUUCAAAAUAGGAAAAAACAGAAAAUUUCUCAUACGAAUUAUAAUACUGAUGCAGGUGAAAAAGAGAAAGAGGAUGAUGCUGAAAAGAUUGCUGAAGGUGUCCAUGGAAGUGCUUCUAUAACGGACUAAAGCCCGAGUUGGAAGCUGGUUCACUAGCCAAGGCGGAGGAAGUGUGGUCGAUGAAGGCGCUGAUGGAGUUGAAUCUGUAGCCAGCUUUGGAGAAAAUGGUUUCACUUAUCCUAAAGAUAUUUAACUUCAACACUUCUACUCAUCAUUUAGUUUACACUAGUUUCAUGCAAUUAGGUUCAAACUUCAAGAAUUCAAGUUAAUGAUAAGAGAGUUCUGUUUGCUCACCAGGGUUUAACGGACAUGUUGAGUAGUCAUACCAUGAUUGGUGCCAAGAUAAUGGGAGAAUUAGUGAUAAACCACUUCAAAAUGCAUGGAAGGAAAUAUUUUCAAAUGAAAUGCACAAUUGAGUAUCAUGUGGCAAGAGUAUGUUAAGAAACUAGAUUGGCAUCCAUUUAAAGUUGUAGUUGAAGAUGGAGAGUCCCGAAUUUUGGAGGCAUCGGCACUUUUAGUAUAUGGAAAUAUGAUAGCUCAGUUGAGUAGUUCUGAGAGCUUUCUAUCCAGUUUUGUGCAUAGAUAUCUCAUACGAGGAGGUUGCAGAUCCCUUGGAGGAAUCAUGCUUAGCAUUAUUGGGACAGAAGCUCUAUCCGCUGACCUAGGCCAUUUUCCUGUAUCGGCUGUUCAACUAGCUUUCACAAUGUUCGUGUUUCCUUGCGUUUUAUUGCCUUUGCAGGACAAUCUGCUAACAUCAUCAAAAAUCAGUGUCAUGUGGUUGAUGCAUUCUACGUUCUAUACCAUGUCUCUCCCGAACUCCUGCAUUGGAAUUUCGUAAGGAAUUACCUGCUGCAAGUUAAGUUCUUAUCUGAUUAACAUCUCGUAUGGUAAAAUUUCAGAUAACAUAUACUGGCCAGUGUUUGUUAUCGCAAUAAGAGCAGCUAUUGUUCCAACUGACGUCACAUAUCCGCGGAACUAAGUAUUAAUGAACAUGGAAAUGGUCAGCUUCGUCAGUUCCCCCCACUCACCCACCCACCCACUGCGCGGUGAUCUAGUUUGAAUGUCAAUAUUGGUUCUCUUUGUUUAUCAGGUCAGUUCUUUCGUUGUUUUUUUCCUUAAAUUUUUAGUUUUUCUGGUGUGUCUACUGGAUUUUAGGUUCUUGAUUACUGAUUUCUCUCCAAAUAAGUAGAUUUUUUCUGGGUUGCUUAUGGGUUUCUGUAAUUAAGUAGUUUGAAUGAAACUUCAAUUGAAUUUGAAUCCUGUGCCUUGA